AUGGCUUUGCCCUCAAGUUCAGGUUGGGCAUCACUCUCUAUAAAUCUUCUCGGUUCGAUCUUAGAUUACUUAGAGCCCAUGGAGGACUACUUCACAUUCGGUGAGGUUUGCAUUCAAUGGCAGCAUGCAGUUCGUGAAAAACUUCGACAUUUAUGCUCUAACCAUAAACGCCAUUGUCGUCUGCACCAACAAGUCCCAUUGUUAAUGGCUCCCACCGCAGAUAAUCCCAAAGAAAGGUGCUGUUUAUAUGACGUCAUGAACGGAAAAAGCCUUUGGGAGGUUCAGUUGAGGCAGGGGCGAUGGAGGUAUGAAGGGUCUUCUCAUGGCUGGUUGAUUCUGGUAAAUAAUGAUUCUUAUAAGGUAACCCUCCACAACCCAUUCUCUGGAAAACUCAUUCAUCUUCCUCCCCUCGAAAAAUCAUCAUCCCUUGAACUUUCAGGCAGAGAAAAAGACUGGGCUUAUAUUGAAGGGUUGCGGGAUGUGAAAGACAUUGUUUACAGCAAUGGGUUAUUCUAUGUAUUAGACGGACGGGGUGUGCUCUUCUCUUGUGAUGUGAGUAGUGAUUUGAAAGUGAGAAGGAUUACUUCACCCGAUAUUGAUUGUGCUCUUGUCUCAUAUUUGGUGGAAUCUCCUGAAGGAGAUCUCUUGCGGGUUAUAAAGCAUGAAAGGGGAUUUGUGAUUUAUAAGUUACAAUGGUUUUCAAAGAAUCCAGUGGAAUCUCCUGAAGGAGAUCUCUUGCAGGUCACAAAGCAUGAAGGGCGAUAUGUGAUUUAUAAGUUACAAUGGUUUUCAAAGAAACCAAGAUGGGAAGAGGUUAUGAGUUUGGGCGAUGUUGCCUUGUUUUUGGGAGACAAUCAUUCAAUUUCUGUCAUAGCUUCUGAUUUUGCGGGAUGCCGGCCAAAUUCUAUAUACUUCUGCCAACGUUAUAGUUUUUUUUCAAAUGCUGAUGGAAGUAUGUAUGUUUUCAGUCUAAGUGAUAGGACUGUUACACUGCUUUACCCACAUUCCCCACAACCUCUACUUUGGAUUUCUCCGAAAUUUGCGUGA